CGUCACCUGAUUCUCUACCAUAUAUGGUUAGUUUUAAAUUUCAGUUAAAAUCUGGGUUUUGGGAAAUAUCUAAUUUAGUCUCAUUUACGUUCAAAAAUGUUAUCUUCGGCGAUUUGGUCUCGUGCAUUACGACCUACCCGUUCUCUUUUACAUACAAAAGCGAUAAAGCUGCGGGCCACUUCCUCUAUAAAAUUAGGUUACCCCGUUGUUCCAUCUCUUGGUGCUAUUCGUAACAAAGUCACCGCUGUAAACUCUUCAUAUCCUCAAGCUUCAGUAUCUCCCAAUGACGUUUUUCUUCAAGGGAACGCUGCAAGUUAUAUUGAAGAAAUGUAUGAAGCUUGGCUGAAAGAUCCCUCUUCAGUUCACUUGUCAUGGCAGGUAUAUUUUAAGAAUAUACAGUCUGGUGUGAACCCUAGAGUGGCUUAUCAACCUCCACCGACAAUUGUUCCUCUAACUGGGAUGCCUGUACCCUUAGAUGUUUCCGGCUCAUAUGAUGUUACCGAUCAUAUGAAAGUUCAAUUAUUAGUAAGAGCAUAUCAAGUUCGUGGUCAUCAUAUCGCAAAGUUGGAUCCUUUAGGGAUUUUGAAUCCAGAUUUAGAUGGUAGCAUUCCGAAGGAACUUGAUCCGAAACAUUAUGGCUUCACAGAGAAAGAUUUAGAUAGAGAAUUUUCGCUUGGUCCUGGUAUAUUACCUGCAUUUGCUCAGACUGGUAAAAAAAAGACACUUAGAGAAAUAGUGGGCAUAUGCAGACAAAUAUACAGUGGUACAAUCGGUAUUGAGUAUAUCCAUAUUCCUGAUCGAGCUCAAUGCGAUUGGAUUCGAUCUAAAGUAGAAAUUCCAAAGCCAUAUGAUUACACAACAGAAGAAAAACAUAUGAUUUUAGAUCGAUUAACAUGGGGCGAUUCAUUUGAACGGUUUGUUGCUACAAAGUAUCCAAAUGAAAAGAGAUUUGGUUUGGAGGGCUGUGAAAGUUUAAUUCCAGGAAUGAAAGCUUUGAUUGAUCAAUCUGUCGAGCUUGGUAUAGAUUCAAUAGUACUUGGAAUGCCUCAUCGUGGACGUCUUAAUGUCUUAAGCAAUGUAGUCCGUAAACCAAAUGAAUCAAUCUUUUGUGAAUUCAGUGGUUCAGUCGAACCAUCAGAUGAAGGAUCUGGUGAUGUGAAAUAUCAUUUGGGUAUGAAUUAUGACCGACCUACUCCUUCCGGCAAGCGUGUACAUCUUUCUUUAGCUGCAAAUCCAUCCCAUUUGGAAGCAGUCGAUCCUGUUGUACUUGGCAAAACUCGUGCGCUUCAACACUAUUCACAUGAUGAAAAGGACCGUCAUCAUUCAAUGGCUUUAUUACUACAUGGUGAUGCUGCUUUUGCAGCUCAAGGAGUUGUAUAUGAAACGAUAGGUUUCCACGAUCUACCAAAUUAUACAACAGGUGGUACUGUUCAUUUAGUUGUCAACAACCAAAUUGGUUUCACUACAGAUCCUCGAUUUGCUCGUUCAACUCCAUACUGCUCAGACGUGGCUAAAGUAGUAAAUGCUCCUAUCUUUCAUGUUAAUGGUGAUGACGUAGAAGCAGUAAAUUUUGUGUGUCAACUUGCCGCUGAAUGGAGACAGACAUUUAAAAAGGAUGUUGUUAUUGAUAUCGUUUGCUACCGCAAAUACGGUCAUAAUGAAGUUGAUCAACCCAGUUUUACUCAACCUAGAAUGUACCAACAAAUAGCUAAACAAACACCAAUUCUUGAAAAAUAUGUACAAAAGUUAUUGAAAGAUGGCACUUUUACUAAGGAGGACAUUGAAAAGCAUAAGAAACGGGUUUGGAAUAUAUUAGAAGAAAACUAUCAAAAAAGCAAAGAUUAUGUACCAACAAGUCGUGAGUGGUUAUCUAGUUCUUGGAAUGGUUUUAAAUCACCAAAGGAGCUUGCCGAAGAAAUUACACCAGCAUAUCCAACUGGUUCAUCUUACGAGCUCCUUCAACAUGUUGGUGAGGUUAUUAGUUCAUAUCCAAAAGGUUUUAAUGUACAUUCGGGUUUAGUUAGAAUUCUUAAGGCUCGUGCUAAAGCUAUCAACGAAGGACAAGGAAUUGACUGGCCCACUGCCGAGGGUCUUGCAUUUGGUUCAUUACUUCUUGAAGGUAAACAUGUUCGUUUAUCAGGUCAAGACGUUGAGCGUGGAACUUUUUCACAACGUCAUGCAGUACUUCAUGAUCAAGUAAAUGAAACACAAUAUGUACCAUUAAACGAUUUAAGACCUUUUCAAGCUAAAUUUUCUGUUUGUAAUUCUUCUCUUUCGGAAUUUGGUUUUCUUGGUUUUGAAUAUGGAUAUUCUCUAGUUAACCCUAAUUCUCUUUUUUUUUGGGAAGUACAAUUUGGUGAUUUUUUCAAUAAUUCUCAAUGUAUAAUUGACCAAUUCAUAGCUUCUGGUGAAAUAAAAUGGUUACAUCGUACUGGAUUGGUUGUUUUAUUACCACAUGGUUAUGAUGGUCAAGGACCUGAACAUUCUAGUGGACGUUUGGAACGUUUCCUCCAAUUAUGUUAUGAUCAUCCAUAUGUUUAUCCUCCUCCUGAAAAAAUGGCUCGUCAACAUCAGGAUUGUAAUUUGCAAAUAAUAAAUGUUACAACUCCUGCAAAUUAUUUUCAUGUUUUUAGUAGUCAAAUUCAUCGUGAUUUUAGGAAACCACUUAUUGCUUUUACGUCAAAGAGUCUUCUUCGUCAUCCAAUGGCUCGUUCUUCUCUUGCUGAUAUGACUGGGGACACAACUUUUAUUCGUUUUAUACCAGAUCCACAUCCUGAAACAUUAGCAUCACCUGAAAAAAUAACACGGCAUAUUUUAUGUUCUGGACAAGUUUACUAUGCCCUACUUAGAGCUCGUGAACAGAAUAAAAUGGAUCAUGUUGCCAUUUCUAGAUUAGAACAAAUAUGCCCUUUUCCAUACGAUUUGUUAUCUCAACAUAUUGAUAAAUAUCCAAAUGCUGAACUUAUAUGGGCACAGGAAGAACCAUUGAAUGGAGGUGCAUGGACCUAUGUUGCACCAAGAAUUCGAACUUUAAUGAACCAUUCAGAACGUCAUGAAGGUAGAGCCGCUAAACCUGCAACCCGUUUACCUUCAGCAUCUCCGGCUACUGGUAACAAGAAACAACAUAUUCAAGAAGAACAUGAUUUAUUAUCUCAAGCAUUAAUUGGUCAAAUAGUCAAACCCAAAGAAAUUGUGUCUGGAGUACCAGUCUGGGAAUAAAAAAACAUUAAUUAAAUUUAUGUACUAUUAUCUGAUUUAUUUAUUGUAUAGUAACGAUUAAAAUAAAGAUUAUAUAAGAUUUAAAAAAAGAAUACUGUAUAUACAUAAAAAAAAAAUUUUUUACUAAAAUAAUCCCAAGUUUAAACUUAAAAAACCCAUA